AUGGUGAAAAUCACCGAGGACAACAAGGGCUUCUACGACGCGGUGUACUCGGUGGUGAUGCUCAUCCCUAAAGGGAAAGUGACCACCUACGGCCACGUCGCGGAAUUGGUCCAUCGCCCCGCCAACAGCCGCCAGGUGGGGUCGGCGCUAAAACACUCGCACCUCCUCAUCAGCCAGUUGGCGGCGAUGGACGGCGACAGUGUCAGCUACUCGUACCAGGGGCUCCCGUGGCAGAGAGUGGUAGGUUCAGGCGGUAAGAUAUCGCCGCGUAGCGACAGUCACGGUGAGCUUGAACAGGUGACGCGUCUUCGACAGGAAGGCGUCGAGGUGUCUGAGGCUCGCGUCGUCAGUUUGGACCGGUACGGCUGGUUCCCGGAUGAGGUGUCGUGGUGA